AUGCGUUUCUGUCAAUCUAUUUAUCUAUCUGUCUCUGUUCCUAUAGAACUCGCUAUCAUUCCAUCCAUCCAUCCAUCCAUAUCUAUCUAUCUAUCUAUCUAUCUAUCUAUCUAUCUAUCUAUUUAUAUCAUACUCGCUAUCAUUCCAUCCAUAUCUAUCAAUCUAUCUAUCUAUCUAUCUCUUUAUAGACUGAUAGAUAUCUACCUAUCUAUAUAUUUAUCCAUUACUUACUUACUUACUUUCAUGGUUUCUCUCUCUCCCUUUCUUUAUUUCUUUCUUUCUUUCUUUCUUUCUUUCUUUCUUUCCAUUUCUUUGGUUUUUUAUCUUUAUAUCUCCCUAUUUCUCUAUCUAUAUCUCUCUCAAUCUAUCUAUCUACAUUCCUUUCUUUCUUUAUUUCUUUCUUUCUUUCUUUCUUUAUAUAUAUUAUAUAUAUAUAUAUAUAUAUAUAUAUAUAUAUAUAUAUCAGUCUCAAUCCGUUUCUCUCUCUCUCUGAAUCUCUAUCUCUCCAUAUAUCUAUCUCUCCGUUUGCCUGAUUCUUCCUUUGUAUGUCUGUCUGACUUUGUGUCUCACCAUAUAUAUUUGUAUCUAUCUAACUAUCUAUCUAUCUAUCAAUCUAUCUACCUAGCUAUAACAAAGUAUCUAUCUAUCUAUCUAUCUAUAUAUAUAUCUAUCUAUCUAUCUAUCUAUCUAUCUAUCUAUCUAUCUAGGCUUAUAUGCAAAUGGACAAAAUGA